CAACUGAUCGCUGCGAAGCUCGAACAAGAUGGACGUUGCUGAUCGUACAACCGGCACUUCUCAUGUACGCGACGACCUCGCAGAGAGAUGCCAAAAGCUAUUUCAAGACUUUCUGGAAGAGUAAGUACAUUUUCGAUCGAUGAGAUCGAUAAAUGCUUGUAUUUGUGAGUAAAGGUGCCGAUUUUUGUUCAUUUCAUUAACCCAGAAUAACUUCGAGCUGCCUGCACAUGGUUGGAAAUCAAUCCACGGUUCUCGGAUAUUUUAUAGCUUCUGAUAGUUUUUAUUUGCAAAUCAGGCGUUCUAAGCCUGAUCACUCUUCGACACUUUUUAGUGGCUGGUCCAUUGGCAGUUAUCGUAGCUCAUAAAUUCGAUUUUUUAGAAGAGCAAAACAAAACAACAGAACACGAGUGUACAGUCUUCCCAGGUUUUGUUAAGACUAGUUUGCGAUGAAAAGUAGGUUACAGAGUGCUCGAUUCAGAGAUAAUUCCUAUUAUAGUAAAUUGUUUUACCAAAAUUCCGGCAGGCACCAAGUUACUGUAUCUUGAAAACUGGUUGAUUACAGUAAGUAAUUUUUGAACUUGUGAAGCCCUAACCUGUUAAAGAUUUUAAAGUCUUAAGAUUAUUGUCAACGGCUGGACACGAACUUGGACUAAAUUGAUAGAUAUUAGCCCCUAGGUUACAGACUGUUGAUCAUUUGAUACGACGAAAUUGUUAGCUCAUUCAAUCUAUGAAACACAACUUGCUUGCUAGUUUAAUAGGCAGAGUUACUACUUUAUGUAAAAACCUCUCAGAUAUCAUAACUAAGUGCACAUGUGCAUAGGGUUGCACCUGGAAAUUAGAUUAAAAGGUGUCAAUCUAGGCUUUCCUAUGGCUCUCAGCGAAGAAUAAAUAAACACUUCUUGAAUACAACAAAAAUUAAAUGGCUUCUUCCCGAGAUCAGCAAGAAUUAAACAAGUGGAGACAAAGACAGAUUUUAAGCAAGCUCUUACAGUAUAUUUAAGGCUUUCAAUUAGCACUAUUUCUGUUGUUUUUUUAAGCUCUAGUACUCCAGACUUGCUGGGAAACCUUUGCUGAGUAAAUUCUGUAAAUGUUAAUUAAGAAUGCUACAUGUAAUAUGGAAUGACAUGUCCUUGUGCAUAUAGUGAUGACAGGGGUGUAGUCAUCUUUUGACUUUUUGUAGGCCUGGCUGACUUUCAUAUCCACAUAUCUUGAAAAAUGUGUAAUUCUGUUGAUUGCACUCAUGACUAGCACACACUGACCUGACCAACACUUUGAGCUCUUGAGCUUUUUAGUUCACCCGAACGCAUAAUUUGUGACAAGUGGUAGGUUGAUUAAACCAAAAAUUUGUAGGCCUGGGCCUACAUGUCUAUGGGCAGGCUACGCCCCUUAUUGACUUGUUUAUUUAAUCACUUAAAGGUUUCAAGUUGAUGGAGAAGAAAAGUAUCUCCCUGAAGUUCAGGAGCUUAUCAGGCCUGAACGCAACACAUUGAGUGUUAGCUAUCAAGAUGUGGAGUCUUACAAUUCUCAGUUAUCUACACUAAUUCAAGAGGAAUACUAUAGGUAAGAUCAGAAAAGGAUAACCAAAUAUAAUCUGUUAUGCAGGUGUAGGAAUUGCGUGUAACAUAAGAUUGACUACUUUUUGGUAAUAAUCCAGUUUAUAGCCAGCUAAAAAUCCAUUUUCUGUAGUUCAGGUGUUUUUUUUUUUGAAGCUGCAAAAUAGAAAUAAUUUGCAAAAUUUUACUACCUCUCCAAGGCCCACUUUUAUGAAGCCAUUUUAGCUAGGUUCUCAUUGUUUAAGUGAACAUUUGAGUGGAUACAGCUAACAAUCUUUCACUUUGCCUUCAGAGUAUUUCCUUAUCUCUGCCGAGCUGUCAGAAACUUUGCAAGAGAUAGAGGACAGGUCCCUCCUACAAAAGAAUUUUAUGUCAGCUUCACAGAUCUUCCUACAAGACACAAGUAAGAUGUGUUCAUACAAUUGCUGCUAAAAAAAACCCACUCCAUACAAGAAUUAUUAAUUUUAUUUUUUUGUGUGUGUGUGAUCCUUUAGGAUUCGAGAACUCACCAGCCAAAAGAUUGGCACCCUAUUGAGAAUAAGUGGACAAGUUGUUCGAACACACCCAGUGCACCCUGAAUUAGUGACUGGCACGUUUAUCUGCCUUGACUGUCAGACGGUCAUUAAAGAUGUUGAGCAGCAGUUUAAAUACACUCAGGUUUGUGGUUUUCAUUGCUUCAUCCUCUCAAUUGUAUCUUCCAUGAAACUGUGUUAAAAUGACUGUAUCUCUCUAUCUAGAAAGGUUAGAUAAAAACCUUUUUUCAGGCUUUCUUUUCGCAACUUCAAAAGUUGCGUAUAUAACUGUGAUGAUCAUCCUUCAUUUAAUUCUUCACCCCGCAGUUCACAUAUAGGACGUUCAUAUAUUCAAAAACUUCACAAAAAAUUCUCUUGGUCCUUUGCACUUUCUUUAUGCUUUCUUUAAAUAAUUUUUUGCUUUGACGAGCAGGCGAGAUGAAGUGAAUCCUGUGUUUUGAUUUGCUACCUGGCUGGGCAAGAUGGGACUUUCUUACCCGCUCGGAAUUCCUUGUACUGAUCCAGUAAAAGAAUAAGUUCUUGUGACGUUUUAAAAGGAUUUCAAAACAGGAUGUCUAAGAUUAACAAUGAUUUUUGACUGUAAUUACACAUAUAGGAGGGUCAAAUGUGGUGAAUACAGGACAGGACCUAUGCAACAUUGGCUACCCUUCCUUAACAACACCAAUCCCAUGUAAAUCCCAGAAAAUCCUUUUGAAUGCCAGUCAGCACUGGGUUCAAAGUUACUCCAACCAAAAUGAGAUUAACUAAUAACAUCUCAUCUUCCAAUGUUAGAGCCACUGUUGAAACCUGCCUCCCCAGCUACACGAUGUACUCGAAUUCUCUCCCGGCUUCCAUCCCUAACACUUUAUGCCCCACCCGAGCUUCGUGAGGUUCUGCGAUGCUUGUAUUUCUAGUACACAGUUGAAAGCAGACCUGUUAACCUGUGAUCAUAGAUAGAUACCAUGAUGGUUCAAUAGGGAAAACAUAACUUCCAGUUUAUAAAAAUAUUACAGUUCUCUUAGCCAUAUAAUAAAUCCUUUAUUGACCAAGGUUGUUUGGGCAAAGUGGCUGGAUAUUGGCCUCAUCCUUUUUCUGCAUUUUUUUUGACCUGCACUUCAACUUGGUCCUUAAAACCAAAAAAGAACUUGUCCUAUAUUCAGCCAUCCUGACCUCAUACUUUGUCAAUGAUGCAUUUGUAACAAAGGUGAAUACAUGUACAUGUUUCAUUGUAAUGUUUUUGGUGUUAUAAUUAUCACAGCCCACAGUGUGUCGCAACCCAGUCUGUCAGAACAGGACGAGAUUUAUGCUAGACAUCAACAAGUCACGCUAUGUGGAUUUCCAGAAAGUUCGUAUUCAGGAAACUCAAGCAGAGUUGCCACGGGGCAGUAUUCCAAGAAGGUUUGUCAAUUUCAGUAAAGUAUUUUUAAUAUUAUUUUAUGGACAGUAAAGGACACAAUCAUUAGACAAUAACGGAAAUGAGGUAAACCUGCUGUUUAGCUACUAAAAGUAAUGGAACAAUAAUUUGAUGUGGGACUUUGCAAGCCUAUUCUUACAUGUUGUUUCACCCAUCUUGUACACUGAUUGGUGGCUUUUCUUCUUGGUUUAUGGGAAAAGAGAGGCAUCACUGCAAAAGAAACUUGUCAGACAGUGCAAAACUGUGUUGGAAAACUCUCCAAAUUCUUUCUCAUACUGGCUUAGACCUGUAUGAAUAAUUGGCAAAGCUGUAACAGGACUAGAAAAGUCUCAUCCGGUCAUGCACUCAGGACAAGCAGAUUUUCCUGCUAGGCAAGUAAGGCCCAGUUCAGACGCGGAUCUUUUCAUGAGCUAAACUUAGUACAUUGAAUUAAGUACAGGAAAACUUUGGUAUCUGAGUCAAUUUGGAACGGCUCAGCCAUUCUUCACGCCUAGCCCGGCCGGGAAUUUCGACUGUGGAACGGCUUUGAUUCAGACACCGAACUUUUCAUGGAACAAACAUAAUGCUUAAAUUAUGAUAAUGUAUUUUGCAAGCAGUUUGACCAAAGUGAGUAUUUUUCUGCUUUUGAAUUUAGUUCAGGUGGAAUUAAGAUCAGUGCCUCAAUCAAUUCAGGCAGUCUAAAUAGUUUGGGUCAGCCUUAAUUUAAUUAGGUUCAGCUCAUGAAAAGUUCAGUGUUCCUUGUUUAAUCCCAAUUUCCCAUCCUCCAAUAGCAGUCGCAGUUUAAAGAAUUUGGUUCCUCUUACUUCAAGAUUAUUACCUGUCAACUCCUUAAACUCAAACGUAGCCAUUACAUUACAUUAAUUAUCUUUUUUCUUUUAGUGUGGAAAUAAUUCUUAGAGCUGAAGCAGUAGAGCAGGCCCAGGCGGGAGACAAAUGCGACUUCACGGGAACACUGAUUGUUGUUCCCGAUGUAGCUCAACUGUCAACACCAGGUAAAAACAACUUAAAAGGCAUCUUCAAGUAAAGUAAAAGUUGUAACACAGAAAUCUGGAAAUAAGGUGAAGAUGAGUCAAAACUUGCACCUUUCCACGUGAAAACAAUUCCUUAUGUGUGUGUGUGUGAAAAUCUUAUAAUGCAUUUAUUAAGUGGGACAUAGGUGACGCUACCCGUACGAAACGCGCAGCGCUGUUGCAGCGCUGCAGAAUAGCUGCAAAGAGGCUGGCUGCAGCAGUCGCAAAUUUUGGCUGUUCGGGUCAGCGCUAUGAAGCCGUUUGAAAGCGAUAAGCAGCGGUUUAGCAGCGGUGGAAAGGACACACAAAAACGCUGUCAGCGCUGCCAAAUAGCUGCAAACGUGUACAAAAAUUCAAAGAAUUAUGGCAUUUGCCUAAACCGGCUUAGUAGCAGAGUAAAAACCACUAGAAAGUCAAAAUGCAACUUAUACUUUAUUAGUAUCCACGCUGCAUAUCGUUACAAAAAGCACGUGACAUAGAACAAGUCUGCAACAGUCUCGCUUUGUAAAUAUUUAGCAAUCACGGUCACUCAUCUGAAUGUAAGAACAUCCAUUAACAUGCAGACAUUGAAAAUUAUCUUUUUUUUUUUAUAAAGAGAAUAACAUCGAUUGUUCUACAUAAAGUUUACAUGCACGCCAUUAGGCAAAUGAUAUUUUGAUUCGUUGCAACGGGCUAAGCUGGACAUUGCUCACCUUGACGUUUAAGUCCAUGAUCCACGAUCUUCUACACUUUUUUCAUGAAAGAAAUCAACCCAAUUUUACUUUGGUCGUCGUUAAAUUUUACAAUGGACUAAGGAACCAACAUAACCACGAGCGUAUAAGAAUCUUGUAAGUGCGAACCCCAUCUGAGAUUCUUGUAUCUGUGUUCCUUGCUCUGGUUCGAUUCGUCGAUACUUAGCGUAGAAGUCACUGUUCAGUGCGUUGUUUGCAAAUACGUUUGAGCUGUUCCAUCCAAAAACUUCAACAGAACUUCCAUCUCGAAACAGAACUAGAUACAAACAAACUUAGAAUGUUUGCGCCUUUCAUUCAACGGUCGCAAAUGUUCUGUGUUUGUCUAGAGAUGUAAUGGGAUCUCAUGCAAAAGGACCGACCAAUUAGAUUACGGCCUAGAAUAUUAAUGUCUCCAGGGAAUUAGCGAUAACAUUCCCACACUCGCCGGUCACACGAAUGAAAUUUAUUGAAAUCUUUCUUCCGGAAGCAUAGGAUUUGGAGGUUUAUUCAAUAAGUGAUCUUCUUUGCGCACAAGCUUACUCACAUUUCUUAGAGGUACAGUCAAAGUUUUCGCGUUAUAAAAGCCGUAAUCUGUGAAAAGGCUUUAUCUGGCGAUUCAUGUUAUUGGCGCUCAAGAAAGUCAGAUCGACCGCAGCUGAAUUGUAGCGUUACUGCAGCUACUUCGCAGCGUUUGAAAGUCGGCAACUGCGCUGCAAAACCGCUGCCGAGAGCUUCAAAGAGCCUUCAAAAGAUGCACAGCGCUUUUGCAUCCCGCUGCAACUUGAAUGAAGCUGCUGUUUGGCUUCUAAACGGCUGCUGAACAGCUGUAAUUUAGCUGUACAGCUAUUUUGCAGCGAUUUUGUGGCGCUGUACAGCGCUGCAAGUUUCGUACGGGUACAGAUGAUAUUGUUAUUUGCAAUAAUGAUUGUGAAAUCAAUCUUGGUUUUCAGGUCAGAGGGCAGAGUCUUCUGGGAGACAGACAGCUGGUGAUGGCUAUGAAUCAGAAGGUGUCAGGUACGUAAUGUUCACUGCCGUGAUGUUUCAACCUCUUGUACUCAUUUCGAAAGAGUCAAAGAAACCUGCAAAAGUGGACUUAUAAACAGUUUUCCCCUUCCCUAUGUCAGUCUGAAGGAGUUUUAAGUGUCAUGUGAUAUCCCUCACUCCCAGCUAGUUGCUGGAUCAUUUUAAGCCGUAGCAUUUCCAAGUAUCAACUACUCACAAAGGAGUGUAUAUGAGCAAAGCCAAGGGGAUUGAAGUUGUACUAGAUAACACCUGUAUUUCUUUCUUGUCUCAAACAUAAGUACCAAUAAGAGGAUUGCACAUACAAUGUACAUUUUCAAAAGAACCAAUUUAAUGACUUGUUUAAUGACCUGCUAUCAGUUGGCUCGCUAGCUUACAGUAAUUGCAGGGUUAGAACACUUCACUGGUAUUGCAGAGGUCAGGGUUUGAAUCCCAACAAGGCUGAACUUUCUCAGGCUUUCUUUUUGCAACUGCAUAAGUUCAUCUUUAACUGCGAUGAUCAUUUUCACAUUUAUUUAGAACCAUUACUAUUACCCAACUAUUGCCGAUAUAAAAUUCACUUACCAGUAAUAUUCCCCUUGCUCAGUAUUUUAGUAGUUAUUAAAUUUUUCUUUUUUAGGGGUCUUAAGGCCCUUGGAGUACGCGACUUAACCUAUCGACUGGCUUUCCUGGCAUGCAGCGUCCAAGCAACAAACCCAAGGGUAAAAUAAAAACUUAAUGUUUUUAUUAUAACCAUCAGUUUAUAAUAUUAUUUAAGAACAGUCAACUGCCUUUAUAGCAGACGCUGUAGGGACCUCGAGUUAGUGUCGUCAUUUGCGAGAGUCUGUAAUAGCGAGGCUAAUGUUUGCCAUGGCAUAUUCACUUCACAAUAAUGUUCUUCUUCUGUUCAGUUUGGAGGUAAAGACCUUGAUGGUGAUGAUGUCACAGCAGAAACUAUUAAAAAGCAAAUGACAGACCAAGAGUGGCAAAAAAUCUACCAGAUGAGCAAAGACAAGAACCUUUAUCAAAAUAUGAUCAACAGUAUAUUUCCUACAAUUCAUGGUGAGUAAUAAUUGUUCACAGAAGAUGCUAUUUCAUGCAAUGUGAAAUCACUAUUAAUACUAUUCAUUGGAAAGUGAGAAAAAUAGCCUGACUGAAAGCAAGUUGUUUCUUUAACUUACAAGUAGGAGUUCUAAGUAGUAGUAGGAGAAAAUUGAAGGUCAAAAGUGUUAGUUUUUGUAUUGUGUUUUAAUUUGGUUUAACCCACUGAGCUUUUAGGUGUUCCUAAGAACUCACUGAAACCUGUCCGUACAUUCCAUAUCAAAUUGGAAUUUGGAAGUGCUGGUUUUUAAGGAGAAAUGGAAAACUGGAGACAACAAACUCAACCAGCAUAUGGUGUCAAGUAUUAGUAAAUUAGCAUUACAUACUGGGUCAGGGUUGUCAUUAAGAGGUGGGGGCCAGGGAUAUCCCCCGGCUACUAAGAACGUGGUCCCCGGCUACUUUCAUAGGAAAAUAGAAGAAAAAUAGAACCAAAAGAAACCCUAGCUGUUUGAUUCCUGGCCUGCUUGUUGUAUUUACCCGGCAACUUGAAAUCUUAGUGACAGCCCUGCUAGGUAAUGAUAAUUAUUAGUAUUGUCUUUUUUUAGCUCAGCAGUAAAUUUGCCUGGUGCAUAAAGUCCAUUUCUUUCAAUCCUCUGCCUGAAGAUCAUAGCUCUUAAACAACUUUUUCUCUUGGCAGGAAAUGAUGAGGUUAAACGUGGUGUUCUUCUCAUGUUGUUUGGUGGAGUGCCUAAGGUGACAACAGAGAAAACAAACCUUAGAGGUGAUAUCAACAUUUGUAUUGUGGGAGACCCCAGCACGGCCAAGAGUCAAAUACUCAAGUAAGAUGUACUUUAUUCUUUCAGGAAUGUCUUCAGUCACUGAGUGGUUAGCCUGUGAGCAAGCUUACUCAGAGGCUCUGGGGGCUGGGAGCCGGGAGGAAAAAGGGGCAUGCCCCAUUCAAGAGCCCCACAGAGAGCUUGCUCACACAGCUACAGAAUACUGCGUUGUUUUUUGACUCCCAUUAUCAGUUAUGAUGACAUCUAGCACAGUUCUAACUUUUUUCAGUAUUACACCAGCAGCCGUUGUUAGGUGAGAAUGGCCCUUAUGCUUUGUUGUUGUUCUCUUGUGCUCUCGGCAGCCGAGGAACCGAGUUGUUAUUGCCAUUAAACCACAACUGUUCACUAUUUGCAGGUCAUCUUUUCCUCAAUAGGGAGCUUAGAUUAGCAAACAACAACUUAGCACAUGCAUCACACUUUUUUGUAUAUUUCUGUGCCAUCACUGCAGGAAAAGACAACCCAUAAACAGUUAUGGUUUAAUGGCAAGUACCCCUUGUAGAAAUUCAGUACAUUUAAAGUAUACUUUAUAUAGGUGAUAAACACUUUAAAAAGUAUACUUCAUUUGUACUUAAAGUAUACUUUAAGUAUACUUACCAGAAGUAUACUUUAAGUACACAACUUUUCGACACCUAAAAAGUAUACUUAAAGUAUACUUAAUGAAAGUAUACUUGAAGUAUACUUAAUGGGAAGUAUACUUCAAGUAUACUUAAAAUGUACUUAAAGUAUACUCAAUGCAGUAUGUUAAUCAAUCACUGAGACACAUCAGACUUGGAUCAAUUAUUUUGUAAAAUCAUUUAUUGAUAUAACAAAAAAAACUACCCCUAACUUAAAGGGGCUGUGUCACGGCAGUCCACUUCAUUUUGUUUAAUUUUGCCAAUUACUCGCCCUCAAUCGCUAUGGAACUUAAAGUAAGCAAAAAAUUACUUGUAAAUGACAAAAUCAGAGAUCCGAGACAAACAAAUAUGUCUCCUGAGCAUUGUUUUUGAAGUUGCAAGCAGCAGGGAUCAACUUUGAAAAACUGUUAGGCUGAACAGUUUUCAAAAACGCUAGUUUCAAUCCGUUUCAAUCUUCUUCAGUUUUGCCCAUCCGUGGUAUCUGUCGUUUCUGUUAUGUUAUUUUAACCUUCCUUUAAAGUUUUAAGCGUUUUUUUUUAUUUUUCUCUUAAUUUAACGGGCAUUUUGUUAUUUCCUAAUUUGACUGAAUUUCGUGACACAGCUCCUUUAAAGCAAUACAAAUGUACUAAGAAAUUAUAAAAAAAUAUAUAGCAAAUCUUGUUGAAAUAGGUUUCCACAACAUAAAAAUAUACAUUUUCUAUUCCUAUCAAAGGAAAUCACUGCAUUUGAUUACCAUAAUAUAUUAUUCUUCUUGAUUUUAGUAAAAGUUUCAUUGACAAUGAGAUCAUUUCAAGGAAGGUGCUUGUAUAUUAACAGGUUUCUUUCUGAACUUUCUUUAACUCACUUGUACUUAAUAAUUAUUGCUUAGAACCAUCACACAAUAUUCUUCUUAAUUUUAGUAAAUGUUUAAUAGACAAGAAUGAUUAGAUCUGUACUCUUUGGCUACAAAGUAAAUUGUGCCAUUACCUUAUUAAAGAAAUAUGUCUACCUAUUACGUACAAAAACUGGAACGAAAUGCGAUCUAAGGAAAACAAGACUUGGGUUUUAUAUUUUGAAUUUACACUGCACUUUAGGCGAAGUAAACAAGCUUUCACUUUGUAAACCUUAAGGCUUAACUCGUGUGUCAUUUGCAAAUGGCUCGCAAAGAAGAAUCGAUAUAUAUUGAAACGACUGGAACCGAUACAUUUUCUACCCCAAAACUUACUUGUAUCGUCAAAAUUCAGUCAUGGUGUACUUCUUUUGUUUUCUUUUCAAGUUCCACUCAUAUUGUACUCGAAUUGUGAAGAGAAAUUAAAGGCAAUAUUCCAAGCGUAUAAAUAUCUUGAAGACAUUCUCGGCAAAGCUCAACGAACGUUCCUUCGAAUCUGUAUCGCCCGCCAAAACCAUAUAUGGAAGUUAGGUAUGCUGUAAAUGAUUCAUACAUGACCGUAUUAGGAAAUCCACAAGAUCCCGUAUAUGUUCCGACGGUACUGGAAGUCAGCGGUAAUUCAACACCUUCAUAUAUGCAUUUCUUUCCUCGAACGUAAAGAUGUCCGACGAUGAGCGAUGGUUUUGCUUCGAGUUCUCGUUCUAUUUCUUAAGGUCCUCGUAAAAAAAGGAGGUUAAACGACCCCGGCCUUAAUUACAUCCGAUAUCUUUUACUGUCAAGUGCAAAAUUCUACGAAAGACGUUAAAGAAAUGCCCGAAACUGUGCGACUUUGCCAUUUCGCCCAGGGAUUCGAUCGGCGGAUGAUCUUCUUGCGAAGGAAGUCGACUGAACAGCUAAUGUGUGCCCUGUGUAUCUAGAAACCUGUUAUAUACUUCACCACUCUGAAGAAAUCUUUACAUGAUCUCAACUGUGUCCUUAAUAGAAGAAAACUGAUUUGAUCUGAACAUUAUUUUGAAGUUGAAUUAUAUAUACUUAAAGCAUACUUUUAGUAUACUUUUGUCUUGUAGUGAUUUCAAGAUCCGGACAAACCUUCUUAGAUCCUCAGAUCAGAAUGUGUCUUUCAGUUUCAAAGUAUACUUAAAGUACACUUUUCUUUGCGAAACUAUUUUUCACAAGCACUGAAGUUUGAAAAAGUAUACUUAAAGUAUACUUAAGUAUUUGAAGUAUAAAUGAAGUACCUUUGCCAAAUAUACUUCAUUUAUACUUUUUUUCUGGAAGUACAAACGAGGUAUACUUCAAAUGUACUUUUUUUCUGAGAAGUACAUAUAAAGUAUACUUAAAGUAUACUUAAUUUCUACAAGGGUACGACUCAGUUACAAUAAUAUGGCUGCCGAGAGCACAAGAGCGCAACAACAAAGCAUAAGGUGCAUGCUCACCCGAUAAUGCCUGCUGGCAGUAGAAAAAAAUCUUAUGUUUUGUCCAAUGUUUGUAUGUUACUGCCUGGGCUCAGUCAUUAAGAGCUGGGGGCCGGGGAUUUCCCCCGGCUAAUAUGAAUGUGGCCCCCAGCUACUUUCAUAGGAAAAUAGAAGGAAAAUAGAACCAAAAGAAAUCCCUAGCUGUUUGAUUCCCCACCUACUUGUUGUAUUUACCUGGCAACUUGAAAUUCUUGAUGACAACCCUGUACUGGAAGAGUAAAGAGUAAAUCAAAUGCUGAGAGUAUUAAAUAAUCCUUUGUAGGCAUAUAGAAGAAUUUAGCAUCAGAGCAGUAUAUACCUCUGGUAAAGCCUCCAGUGCAGCUGGUCUGACAGCUGCUGUUGUCAAAGAUGAAGAAUCUUCAGAGUUUGUCAUCGAAGCUGGAGCUCUAAUGUUGGCUGAUAAUGUGAGUUUUUCUCAUGUUUGGGAGUGAGACUGUUUAAAAUUGCAGUUUCUCUAGUAAGAGAAACUGUCAAGUGAACAAUAGCCUGCUUUGUACUGACCUUCUAAAUCCCUGCCUAUACGAGUUCUUUGCCUUAGGCCUUGAGAGACAAGUCAGGCUGUAAUGCAAGCUAAUGAACAAAUGCCUGGUUACAAAUAUGAAUCUUUUGUCUCUGCCAGAGGCUGUGUGAAAAAAGAAGCAGUUCACACAUGUAUUAUAUGAGCUCCUGCAAGAGAAAUUUCUGGUUGAGUUGAUGCCAUCCUCUUUAACUGUAGUUUGAAUCAGUAGCUAAGAAACACAGAAUCUGCAGAAUUUUAUUGGUGAUAUGAAUUCCUGCUAAGUGAGACAGCGAAGAAGGUGUCUUCAUUUUUUUUAUUGGUUUGUAGGGUGUUUGCUGCAUUGAUGAAUUUGACAAAAUGGAUCCUAAAGAUCAAGUGGCUAUCCAUGAAGCCAUGGAACAACAAACUAUUUCAAUAACUAAAGCUGGUGUCAAGGUAAGAAGUAAUCUCUAGUUGUGCAUCAUUCUUUUGGGGGGGGGAGGGGUGUGUAGGAAGAAGGAGUAUUUAGAUAUUUCUGGUCUCAUUUACUUUGAAAAGUCACAUUUGAGCCCAUAUUAUUUUUAGCGAUACAGCCAGUAAAUGUUUUAAAACCAAACAUUCUUUCCAGUGUUUGGGAUUUCUCUGCAUUCUCAUCUGACGAUUAUAUGAUUAUGCUUUCAACUAUACUUAAUCAUAAUUUUGUGUCACUUUGUUUUUAGGCAUCACUGAAUGCAAGAACCUCUAUUCUGGCUGCAGCGAACCCAAUUGGUGGCCGAUAUGACAGAACAAAAUCACUUAAAGUAAGUUCAGGAUAAAACCUGCUGUGAUACAUGCAAACUCCGAGCUGGAAUUAGCAUACUAAAAACUCUUUCUUAUUCCUUUAUCCUAUGCAUUCAAGUCAUUUACAAUACCUGUAAAAUGCUUACCCUCCCUGUGGCACACUGGGUGGGUGUGGUGGCCAUGUUCAGUUGUGGGGGGGGAGUGGGUAAGGUGCUCCAGAAUCCCUCAUUUUGUGGUAGUUUAUCUCAACCUCAUCAGAGAUAUGAGUACUUGUCUCCUUUGAAAAAAUGGCCACGUGUGUAUAGGUUCUUAUGUUAGAACCAGAGGAGGAUCGAAUAGUAUCCCAUGAUGCAUUUUUCCAGAAGCAUCAGGCAAUAUCGCAGUCAUAGCAGAUUCCAUCUUGAAAUAAGGUCGUUUUCUCGUCGGCUUUUUUCUCACUCGAUUUCCAGUAAAAGUAAAAAAAUUACAUUAUUUCGUUAUUUGACAUGAUUUCUCCGAUUUGCAAUGCCUUAAGAGCGAAGUUUCCACUUAGAAACAUUUAUUUUCACGGUUUCAAUUAGUCUUCCCAUCACAAAGUGUUCAGUGACCCACAACCAGGUCAUGAAUAUUCGAGAUUUUUUGGAAUAUAUGUUGAAAUCUUACAAAUGUGGACCUCAUGCCAGCAAAAUAAAGUCCUGAAUAUUGUACAGGCCAAGAAGUACCCAGAAGUACCCACAUUUUGAAGACUUUUUUGUCGACCAAAGAUGGCUGAAAUUUCGAAUCUUUUAUCACAUUUCAACGCCAUGUGUCAUAAUAUAUGUGUAAAGCCUGAUGAAGGCCACAAUCUGUUGGGCGCUUUUGAGAGCGCUUUAUGCCGAAGCUAUCACUUUGUAUUUUCAAAGAGGUUAUUUUUAAAAGGAAUUUGACUAUAAUUAUUUUAAUUCGAAGAAGGAGCAGUGUGUAACGGUGUGUUUCAGUGUGAAAAGAAACCAAAGAAAGGAACCACGCAGCAUGCAAGCCGGCACAACGUAAACUGAAGCCUGCUCAGAAUUUGAAAAAGAAACAUCAUGCAGAAACUUAAUUUAUUCAAAAGAACAGAUCAGUAUUCUGGCCAGGAAAUUUCCUUGAAGAUUGCUUGAGUCAGUACCGGGUAGACUGGGCUUCAGAGAAUUGUUAGUCGCAUCGAUAGGUUAAAUUUUAUUUGUAACUGCCAUUGUAAACUUCAGCUCUUUUGAGCGCGAUGCUGUAAUAAAUUCUCCUUUGGUAAUUAGCUUCACAGCGUAGCAGAUGUUUUGUUGGAACCACUUUAUAGAUCAGUCAUAGUUUUGGUUCUCCUCUGGCCUGGGUUCUUCUAGUGAACCUAGCGAAGCUUAUCAAUUGCGAGUCUUAUAAUAUUGUGUUUACAGUACGUGCGACCGAGCGCGGCACAAGUAGUUCUCGACAGAUCAGUGAAAUACAUGUAAAACCCUUCUCAGUCAAAGCAACGCUGAAGUUCUCCUUUAAAGCACAGUGAAUAUAAGGCACUCGAUAUUCUCAAAAGCAGAAGCUGCUGAACCGAAACAUGUUUGGAAACCAUCCACAUCGAGCACUGCGAUCGAUGUUCACCUCCCGCGUGCUGAAGAUUACUGAUCAUGAUGUGUCACGUACGCAGUGAUAAUAUAACAUGAAUCGAGGUGCAUCAUGGGAUACUAUUCGAUUGUCGUCUGUGUUAGAACUGUACUCAUUUGUUUUUCUUUUGAGCCCUAAUCUUGGGUCUGCCUUUUAUUUUUUUGCUUUCAUAAAAUCAGUUCUUUUGCGAAAUUAUGCAAAAAGUAAACAUAAACAUUAUUCUUGUUGUUGCAGCAUAACUUGAACAUGUCAGCUCCUAUCAUGUCCAGAUUUGAUCUUUUCUUCAUUCUUGUAGAUGACUGCAAUGAGGUACAAACAAUUAUGAAAAUAGCUUAGCUUUUGAUCACACUUGAAUGUUAGGCAUGUUAUAAAUUUUUAAUUCAUAUGUAGAUUUACCCAAGGCUUAAAUUGAAGCUCCUUUUGAUGACUCCAACAAUCAUGUGACCAUUGCAAAGAAAUCCACUUGGAGUUGAAGCUGCAAUCAGUUGAAAACUAUUAACUUGUCAGCGGUUAACUUUGAAAAAAUGUAACCUUGAUGGGUUGACACCUGAGGCUAUGAUAUGGUCAUGUGAUACUGGUCAGCAUAUUCCCUGUCAGCUGUCAAUUAUUGACCAUAACAUGGAUGUGCAAUACUAGGAUGCAGGCUCCCACACUAGCUAGAAAGUGUUAGGUUUCACAUUGAUUGCCCUCUAGUGCAGACAGACGGGUGGACAGACAGAUGCACAGUCACAUGACUACUAAAAUUUCUCAGAGGGAUAGAUCACCAAAUUUUCUUAGCUAUGGGGCUCUGCUUGUGCAUGCUUUGUGUGCAUGGAGCUCUGCUACUAAAAUUAGUAUUUAUUUAUGAUCAUUCCGAAUUCAAUAUUAUGUGCAUGUUGCUGCAAACAUUUCCAUAUCAGUGCUUCAUCAGACAGACUGGUCAAUAUAGCUGGAACUAAUCCUAACAGUGUUGAAAGUUCUAUCUGAGGAAAGACAAACAAGAACUGUAUGACAUGUGGCAAGGGGAAUCACUGUUAUGAUGUAAUGUAUCGGUCAAAUUGAAGCUUCAACAUGCCCCCCCCCCCCCCCACCGGGCAUACCCCGGGCAUUUGACAACUUUGCCGUCCCGGGAGCAGGGAAUUUGAUUAUGAGAGUCUUCCAGGGGGUGGGGAAUUUGAUCCCCAUGCUUUAGGGGUGGGGAAUUUGAACUGCACCCUCGAUUUCAUGUAAAAUCUUUGGCGUGGCAAGCUAUCAUGGGGAACGGGGUGUUAGAGUAUUUUUGUGGAAAAGAUUGUGCCUUUUUUGGCCAAUUGGUUACGAGGAGAGGGCUUAAACAAGCUUUGUGCCGUAUUUGAAGUAUUUAAAUUUUAAAAUUUUUAAUUGGCCAGGGGGGGGCAUGUUGAAGCUUCGAUUUGACCGAUACAUAAGUGCUGGGUUUAUGUAUUAAUAAGGCUGAUGGUUGCUCCUCCAACAACCUGAAGAACUUAACUCCUUUUAUCAUUGGUGGUAGGUUACAGAUUACGCCAUUGCUCGCAGGAUCGUUGACUUACACAGCAGGCUUGGGGAAGCAGUUGAGAGAAUUUACAGUGUGGUGAGUAUAAGUUCACAUUAAAUAAAUUUUGGGGCAGUUUCUUGUUGAGUGAGUACUGUGUUUUGCAAGAACACUUUCGUCAGUAAAAUGCAAAACACUCAACAGGAUGGAGCAGCAAGGGCUCUAGGGGAUAAUAUGAGUGAGAUUUUUAAGUCAUUAUUGUAACUGAAAAAAAUAAUUAAUCUAUUUUUUGUAGGAUGAAGUGCAAAGGUACAUCACAUUUGCCAGGCAGUUCAAGCCAACGGUAAGGUCUCCUACCAAAAUUAUGAAAUCAUACACACCCAAUAUUACACAUAACUGCAGGCGAUAUGUGUAGCAUACACACCUAGUUUCCUGUUCUUACCAAAGCAAGACAGAAAAAGAUGCAAAUUAAUAGAAGCUUAGAAGUUCAGACUUUCACUUUCAGCCAGCUUUCUCUCAUUUCAAGGAGACAGGCAUUUCAUUUUAUAAUAGCAUGAAUUUCUCUACGUCUGCACUUUUUUUGACAGGGUUCAAAAAAAUAAUGUUGAAUUCCAUCUUGUCUUUAAGCAAGCAGUUCUCACAUCUUACUUGCCUGGGGCCACUUCUUCUUUGUCUUACUUAACAAUUUGGUUGAGGAUGAUUUGCGUGCCCCUUGGGCUUUAAAAGUUACUUGCCCACCAAGAAAAUCUACUUGUCCCAGACGACUGGAGGGAACUUUUUUUGACAGUAGUGUAGGAGCUGCCUGGAAGGUUUCUCCUAAUUGGUCGCAGGAAACAAUGACAUGUCAUUCUUCCAAUUGUUUUAGUAUUGUUUGGGGUCAGGGAAACACACCAUUGGUGACUUCUCUUCCAAGUAGCUGCUACAUGACCCUUUUUUGAGCCCUGUAGUAAUGUAAGCAGUAUUCACAUUAAUGUGAUAAAAGGCAAAGAAACUGAUACUUUCAAUGUUCUUUGUUGAUGUGAAUUUAUCAUGAACAACAAAUCAGUCAUAUCCCCACAAUGGGCUUUUUUUUUUUAGUUUGUUUUGUUUUUUGGAGUCAGCAGGACUGAAACACUGACCCCAGGUUAACAGCAUUUUGUGUGCUCCACCAGACGAUUUUUUUCUUACAGUUUUCUACCACUGAGAUUAUUUGUUAAUUUUGUGUUUCAGAUUAGUAAAGAAGCACAAGAUUUCAUAGUUGAACAGUACAAACAUCUAAGAGAAAGAGACGCAACAAGUAAGCCUCAUUAGUUUCUUCUCAAAUAUUUAAAAAAAACUCAUGCUUAUUAAAAGUAAAAAUGAAAUCUACAUGUAAUUUAAGGUGGCUCCAUUGGAUUUUUCAGGGCCGAUACCAGCCAAGUUCGAGCGUUGACUAUGUCGUCAUUAACAAAGAUAAUAUACAGCUCCAAGCGAAUUAGAUAAUGAGAUCUUUCUGUUGCUAUGACGAUUAUGAUGUCAGCAGCACAUCAAGCGUAACAAAUUUUCAUUUUUUUUUUAUUAAGCUGUGGUAGUAGAUAAUGAUCAAACUUGGGAGGUACUGACCCUAUGAAAUCCAAUCAAGCCACCUUAAACAUGGCAUGUUAUCUAGGCUUUUGUACAUUAUGCUUUUGCUUCCCUACUAAAAUGCUCCACCUUAAUGCUCCAUUUUUCCCACUAAAAAGCUCGGUCUCCCCAAAAAAGUCACUAAAAUGCUCGGACAAUGCUCAUUAUACAGACAGUUUUUUAAAAUUAAUUUCAAAGUGCAAGUGUUGGAAGUAACAACGACAACGUGUACAAGUUCAUAAAUACAGCCAAAAGAAACAGUUGUAUUAAGUUUUUUGUGAAUUUUGAAUUUUAGUCUUCAUUUUGUUUAAAAAAGCAGGAGUUCAUGGGGCAUGGGCUCCUGAAAAAAGUUAAUUUCUAUUUUAUUUUCUCGGAAAAAUUAAUUUCCCGGGGAAAAUGCCACUAAAAUGCUUGAAGAAUGCUCAAUGCUUUUGCCUCACUAAAAUGCUCGAAAAAAUGCUAGCAUAAUGUACAAAAGCCUAGACUGUUAUCUUCAUCUGAAAGUUAUACUUGAUAAUGAUCCUAAUUUAAUGUUUUGUUUUUAGGUAUGGCAAGGUCUGCUUGGCGCAUUACAGUGCGUCAGCUGGAAAGCAUGAUUCGCCUUUCCGAAGCAAUGGCCAGGCUAUACUGUCAGGAUGAGGUAUUAUGUUUAACCCUUUAAGUCUCAAUCGUGACCAACAGCAAUUUUCUCCUAACGAUAUGCAUACAUUGUCAUGAGAUUAGGUUAUGAGAAUUAAUAAAAUGAUCACCUAAGAGAAAAUACUUUGAUCUUUUAUCAAAUUCUCUUAACUAAUUCUUAAAGGAAAAUGUAUAGAGAUCAGUUUGGAGAAUUUGUAUGUGGAUAUGGGGGCUUAAAGGGUUAAUUUUUAUAACUGUUCCCCGAGGUAUCUACGUGUAGCCUCAAUGAGAAAACAGCUGACAUUUUUGUAAUGCUGCCACUGCUGGUUUCCCCACAAAAUGACGAGUGAGGAACGAGUGCUGAUGAUGGGUCACUACCCAGAUUUGGAUAGUGCUCUGGAUUGGUUGAAGCAAAUUUCCUGUGCAUACCCAGAUCUAAGUAGUGACAUAUCAUGGGUAUGGAAUUUCUGUGCUGAUUCCUCAGACAUCAUUUUGUGGGGAAACCAGUGGUGGUAUGGCAAAAUGUUUGCUGUUUUCUCGGGCUAUGAGGUUUGAAGCCCGUAUAAUAUUGUCCAUUGCUUGAAUCUUUGUAACGAUACAUGAUGCAAUACUGCAUAGCUUAACUCAAAUUCUGUUAUCUUUUUUUUGCAGGUACAACCAAAACAUGUGAAAGAAGCUUUCCGUUUGUUGAACAAGUCGAUUAUCAGGGUUGAGACCCCAGAUGUACAAUUUGAUGAUGAAGAAGAACAGCAAGAAGGUAUAUUCUAAAUGUGAAUAAUUUAAAUGAUUAAUUAAUUUUUGAUUCAAUAGUUGAUUAGUGACUUACUUUCUUACUAUCUCUUAACAGUGCCUAUCUCUGAACAUCCCUGAGGGGAAUGAAUAACAUGAUAAUUACUUACAAUUUACAAUAAUUAUUUUAAUUUGUAUGCGGGUAAAUACAGUGCCUACAAAAAGAUCGACAAUUCUUAAAUGUUUUUGUCACACUAGAUAUGGAUGUAGAUGCUGAAAGCGGUACCCAGGGCUCACAUCCCACCGGAAUGGUGAAUGGUCAUGUUGAGGAUGACUCUCACAAAACAGCCGGAGAUAAGAUUAAAUCCAAACUACGCCUAACAUAUGAUGAGUAUGAAUCCAUGGCAAGACAUCUCACAACAACUUUACGAAUAGCAGAGAAUCGAGCUGGCGAUGGUAAGCUUUUGAAUGCAUUUCUUUGGGAAAAUCCAAGAUAACAGUGAAAGUUCUCUUAACAGACACUCUCUUAAACAGACAGCUCUACCUAUGGCCCCACUCUGCAUUUUUUCAUUCCUGUAAGCAAACAUUUCCAAUAGGCGGCUGUGAACGCUCUCAGAGUUUAAGAGUUGUAUGCUGGCUUUUUUUGUAAGCUCUUGUAAGUGGACCCUCACAAGAGCGUCCACUGUUGGUUGCUGAUCUCAGAUUUCUGGGGUUGGCUAUGACAAAACAAAUGACAAAUCUGCAAAUGGAUUCUUUUAGCAUUAACCCUUUAAGUCCAAGAAUCAACAUACAAAUUCUCCAAACUGGUCUCCAUACAUUUCCUUUAAGAAUUAGUUGAGAAAAUUUAAUAUAAGAUCAAGGCAUUUUCUCUUUGGUAAUCUUUGUUUAUUCUCAUAACCUUAUCUCUUGGCAACGUAUGGGGAUUGUUAGGAGAAAAUUGUUGUUGGUCACCAUUAGGACUUAAAGGGUUAAUGCAGCAGUGUUGCCAUGAACCUGUGGGAACAGGCAGGCCAACUAUUUUCACAGAAAAAUUGACUGUCAAGUGUACUUUUUCAGAUCUAAUGCUCAAAGAAUUCACCGACCUAGAUUUAGAUUAAAUCUAAAUCCCAGAUUUCCAAUUUUGUUUUGGAUUAUUUUGUAGAUGACACUGGAAUGCGCAGAAGUGACCUUCUAAACCAGUACCUGAAAGACAUUGAAGAUCAGAUUGAGACUGAGGAAGACCUAGCAGAAAAGAAAACCCUUGUUGAUAAAGUUUUGGACAGGUUAAUCAACAAGGUAAGAAUGCAACCAUACAUUAUUCAGUCCUAGAUAAAAUACCAACUUAAAGUAUUUCCUAGCCUUUUCGACAGCACAACCUCUUGAAUAAAUUUCUUAACAAGCUCCGUCACUUUAAACUGAUGAGUUACAAGUUAUUUUUUACAGAUUUUCAUGGAAACUUACCUCUUAAGUAACAUUAUAACAUGCUCAUUUGCCAUUUCAAGAACACUGUGUUUACCUAAAAUGACUCUACAUUCUUCAAAUGUUUAGAAAGUGCUUCAGUUUUCUAGAAGGUUCUAUGGAAUAUCUAGGGCUUUACUUAACUAUAUUUUGAUUACAGAUCAAAUACAAAUUGCAAAUACUGGGUAUUACUUACAAUUCUAUCUUAAUAUCAGGGAUAUUUCUAUUUUCUGCUUGAAAUAUCACAAAAAUAAUGUUGAAGUAUACUACAGCUUGGUUGUAGGAAUAGGGAAAUUACACUAUAUACUUUGUUUACGCAUAAUCAGGUGUUUGUAUUGCAGUGCUGACAACUGUAUGUUCCUCCAGCCAGCUCCGGCUAGAAUAAACAAAUUUAUAAGUAGAUUAUAAAAAAGCAUGGAUAUUUUUGGAAUCAAUUGAAUACCUCAGAUCACGUAAAGGGAGGCGUGCCCAGUGCAUUUUGCACAGCCAAAGGCCUCAUUAAACUCAUCAUUGGAGUCCUCCGAGGCAGAAAAAAGACUGUCUAGGAAAGCUAAUUUAGUAGAAAUGGGAGGUAACAGACAGUGUCUUUUAUUCCAGCUUAAUUAAGAGCAUAAUACAUGUACCUCCAGCCAAGCAUUGUUAUAUUGAGCUUAAUGACUUUGUCUCAUGGGAUAAAGGCCAAAAAGCAUAAUAAUCUGGGUUUUUUUAGCAUAAUCUGUCAGGACCUAGAAAGUGAGCAUGGGACAUGACAUGCCUAAUGAGCAAAUCUACUAGUUCCAAAUUACUGGACAGGAUUUUUUUUCAAGUCCUUUUAAUACCCAACAGCAUCUUAUUCUGGAAAGAUCAAACUUGAGAAAGAAAAAUAUUGAAAAAUAUUACUACUGCAAAUUUAAAUCAAUCAACUACAGAAUUUUACCUAUAAAGUCAAAAGUAUAGACUGAGUUAAUCUUCUAUGUUCAUGAUUAAUGCAAGGGAAAGAAGGUUUAGGACAUGCAAUUUACAAUGGACCACUGAGAGAACAGUUUCAUCCUCUAAUAAUUACAACAAUGCUUCGCAUCAAAACCCAUAAACCAUAAGCCACCAAUCCCAACAACAACAACAGUGGUACAAAUAGUGCUGCUCCAAAACUCAACACUGUGGCCUGAUAUGACCUGCAGCAUGCAGUAAAACAUGGCGAUCAAUAACUAUAUGACUAUCUUGAGACAAACAAUAAACGAAACCCUUAAAUGCAUAAUUCAUUUCUUCAUUGCUUUUUAAGGACCAUGUUAUCUUGGCACUGAAAGAGUGGGGCGAGUCAGAAGAGGGAUACACACCAUCAGAGGAUGAGGACCCUUUUCUGGUUGUUCAUCCAAACUUUGUCAUCGAUUGAACAUUCACAAAGUUACACUGCCACUUAGCUCAGUGUAUGCGCAUUUGGAAAUACUGUAUAUAAAGGGAUUCACUGACUUGUAAAUGAAUACUCUUAAUGCAUUUAAAACUUUGCUUUUCCUGGAUAAAGACUUCUGUGAAGAUUUAGUGCGUAACUAGAUCUUGGUGCAGUGUUGAAAAUUGUUGAACCAGUUUUUUGUGCCACCUUUCUUGACUUAAGCAAAUGAGAAAACUGUGUUGAUAGUCUAGUUACUCCCAAGAUCCAAGAUGGACAUAAUCAGGACAACAGUUUGGUUUCCAUUAGUUGUGCGUACCUCUAUAAGUAUCAUGUUAGAAUAAAAGAAAGUGAAGUGCCCACUUUAGACAGGUAUUCUCCCUCCCUUGAGGGGUGUGUGGAUUUUGCGGGGGUGUCUGUUUUAAAGAGAGUUGACAGUAACUGUCAACUCUCUUUAAAACAGUACCCUUUUUUGGUAACCUUACAACUGUUGUAAGGUUACCAAAAAACGGUACUGGUUAGUUCAGGAACUGCCAGCAUC